ACAACUCUCCCAUCCCGCAUCCCAAAUCUCGCAGCACAAAAAUAAAAAUGACCGACCAAAACUACAACGUCGAACAAGAAAUCGCAGCUUUCUUCUCUACAAAAACAAGAGUUCUCCGAAAUUCUUGUGAUGAGUUUGCAAAAAAACUCAUUGUCGAGAAGAGUACAUCAGGAAAUACAAGUACAAGUACAAGUACAAGUACAAAUACAGUCCGAUUAGAAAUCGUACCCACACAAGGCGUUUGCAGCUAUACCGUCUACGCCGGCACCAGCAACAACAGCAACAGCAGUACUCUCGACUGGGUGGUACAAUUCCGUUUGAAAUCUCUCGCGUUGCCGAUGGAGACGAUGGAGAGAGCGAAGAGGGUUUAUGGGGGAUUGGUGCCUGAGGUGAGUUUUCGGGGGGAGAUGGGUGAUGCAAAUGGUGGUGAUGGGAAUGGGAAUGAUGAUGGCAGGGAGAAUUUGGUGGUAUAUGUGAUGCCGAGAAUGCGAGGGAUUAGUCGGUUGGAAUAUAUUCUUGCUCAUGGGUUUCCGGAGGAUGGGGAGAAGAUUUGUGAGGCGAGGGAGAGGUUGGUUGGGGAUGUUGCUUCUUUCUUCGCCCUAUCCUUCCAAACGCCCCAACCCCUCCCACAAUCCCACCUCGCCCAACUCCACCAACAAUACUCCACCGACCUCCAUCUCCUCCACCAAACCCUCCCCACCCGCUUCCAAACUACCAUCCAACGCUGCCUCCACGCCCUCCCAUCCAUCAUGACCCUCCCCAUCGUACUCGCCCACAAAGACUUUGGCGACUUCAACAUUCUCGUGGAUUCCGAAACCUGCCAUCUCCUCGGCGUCAUCGAUUGGGCAGAAGCUACCUUGGAACCCUUUGGAAUCAAUCUCUACGCCACAGAGAAUUUGAUGACGAAAUUUCAUCUGAGGAAUGGGGCGGUGAGAUAUCCGAGGUAUGAGGUUCUUUAUGAGAGGUUUUGGGAUGGGCUUGGGGAGGGAAUUGGGAGGGGGGGGGGUUUAUUGGUAGCGGUGGUGAUGCGACGAAUGUUAUUAGCACGAUCCAAUCGGCUAUGCUUCUUGGAUUAUUGCUUUCGAAUGGUUUUACGAGUCGUCUUGCUAAUGAAGCUGCUCCGGUUCCGAUUUCUGAGGAUAGUCGGGAGGGAGCUUAUAAAAUGUUGAAAUUGGAUAGUUUUUUGGUGAGGGAAGAGACGAAAUUUUCCUUUUUUGUAGAAUGUUUGUGGGAGAUUAUGUAUGGAAUAUAUUUGAUGUGAUCUUGAC